AUGGUGAAAAUGCAGAAUAAUGUGGAUUCAAGAGGAGGAUCAAUGGAUGAGCAGUUCGGAAAGUUGCACCCGAGAUUUCCGGUCGAAACGAGGAUCGGAAUCGUCGGAGCCGGUCCGAGCGGAGUAUCUGCUGCAUAUGCCCUAGCAAGGCUUGGUUACAACAAUGUGACGGUUCUUGAGAAGCAUGACUCUGCCGGUGGAAUGUGUGAAUCUGUUGAUAUUGAAGGAAGGAUUUAUGACUUGGGAGGUCAAGUUUUGGCAGCAAAUAGUGCACCCACUAUUUUUCAUUUGGCAAAAGAGAUUGGUGCCGAACUCGAGGAUUUGGACACAGAUAAAUUCGCACUAAUUGAUAGCUUGGGAGGUAAACUUAGUGAAAUGACAUUGGUGGAGGAUUAUGUCUCCAUGAUCUCUCUUACUUUGAAGCUUCAGGAUGAAGUGAAUACAACAGGAAAACUUGGGGUGAAUGGCGUGAGUGAGAUUGCUUCAGAUUUAGCUCCAUCAUUUCUCAGUGACCGCGGCUUAAAAUCUGUCCCUAAAUCGGUAUCUUACGGUUACACUGCUUCAGGAUAUGGGUAUGUUCAGGACAUGCCUUAUGCUUAUGUUCAUGAAUUCACCAGAACUUCGAUGGCCGGAAAGAUCAGGCGUUUUAAAGGAGGUUACAUGAACUUCUGGCACGAGCUGAGCCAACGAAUACCUAUCAAAUUUUGUUGGAACACUGAGGUGGUAUCAAUUAAACGAACCCCUAUUGGAAUCACUGUGAAUGCUAAAGAUGCUGAUGGAGAUAUCCAAGUUUUGGAGUUUGAUAAGAUUAUAAUCUCUGGAGCUUUUCCGUUCCAAAAUACAAAAACAUAUAGGGCACCGCCUUCUAGGACUCUAACAGGACCUGCGAAUAAGUAUCUGGAUUUGAGCUUGCUUGAGAAUGAUCUUUUCAGUAAAGUACAAACCAUAGACUAUUACACCACUGUCUUGGGGAUCAAGGGAUUGGACCAUGUUCCAAAGGGAUUUUACUACUUUAGAGAAUUUAUGGAUGAUCCAGCAACACUAGGGAAUCCUGUUGCUAUGCAGAGAUUUUAUAGUGACACAAACAUUUUUCUGUUCUGGUCUUACGGGAACUCCACCGACAUCACAGGUCCAACUGUUACUGAUCUUGCCAUAACCGCGGUAAGGAAUAUGGGAGGUGAAGUUGAGAAAGUGGUUCUACAACGGCGAUUCAAGUACUUUCCUCAUGUCAAUAGUGAAGAUAUGAAGAAAGGAUUCUAUGAAAAGCUAGAACAUGAAUUACAAGGACAUUGUAACACAUAUUACGUAGGCGGGUUAAUGGCUUUUGAGCUGACAGAGAGAAAUGCAUCAUACUCGAUCGCUCUUGUUAGGAAACACUUUGCAAGUGAUACUCCUGAUUUCACAUAUUUGAAGAGACUACUUCCAUUGAAAUCAGGCUCUUCUGGCUUAAUUUCUCACAGACAGUUGAAUGAACUCCCUGGAGUACAGUUCCCUGAUCUUCCUUCCUUAAAUAGUUACUUGAGAUACUGGGGAAAUCAUACAGUUACUCAGGAUAAGAUACUUUAUACUUGGAUCAAUGAAAGAGGGGAAAGGGUAUCUCAAAGGACAUUCAGAGAACUGGAUGACAAUGCUUCAAUCAUCGGUCACAAGAUUUUAACAUGCCAAAACCCCAGCAUUAACCCUGGUGACAGGGUUCUCUUGGUGUACAUUCCAGGCCUGGAUUUCGUAGAUGCAUUUUUCGGGUGCCUUCGAGCCGGAGUUAUUCCAGUGCCUGUUAUUCCACCUGAUCCAUCACAAAGAGGAGGACAAGCACUUUUACAUAUCACCAACAUAGCCAAAAGCUGUAGUCCAAAGGCAAUCCUAUCAACUUUCAACUACCAUGUCGGAGUUCGCGCAGCUUCUGCAAAGAAUAGGCUUUUAUCACAUGGAAAAUGCAAAUCCACCAUUGCCUGGCCUAACUGUCCAUGGUUGUACACUGAUGUUUGGAUAAAGAAAUCAAAGAUUCUCGCCGAAAUCAAUAAAACAGUCGAUUUCAGCGUGCCUGAACCGAAUGAGCUAUGCUUUCUCCAGUUCACAUCAGGCUCCACAGGGGAAGCAAAAGGAGUCAUGAUCACUCAUGGUGGGCUCAUCCACAAUGUGAAAAUGAUGCGAAAAACAUACAAGAGCACAUCAAAAACUGUACUUGUGAGCUGGUUACCACAGUAUCAUGAUAUGGGACUAAUCGGGGGGCUUUUCACGAGUUUGCUUAGCGGGGAAUCAGCAGUUUUAUUUUCUCCAACAACAUUCAUCAAAGAUCCCUUAUUAUGGUUACAGGUUAUGAGUAAAUACCAUGCAACUCAUAGUGCUGGACCUAAUUUUGCCUUUGAACUUGUUGUCAGGAGGCUAGAAUCAAGCAAAGUGCAGAAUCUUGAUUUGUCUUCCUUGAUUUUCCUCAUGGUUGCAGCUGAACCAAUAAGGCCUGGAGCCUUGAAAAGGUUUCUUGAACUCACAGAACCUUUUGGACUCUCCCAAGAGAUCAUGGCUCCUGGAUAUGGUUUGGCAGAGAAUUGUGUGUUUGUAAGUUGUGCAUAUGGACAGGAGCAACCAAUCUUCACUGAUUGGCAAGGGAGAGUUUGUUGUGGUUAUCUGAAUGAAAAUGAAAAAGAUGUUGAUAUUAGAAUUGUUGAUCCGGAGACGGGUAAAGAGAAUGAAGAAUCUGAUAGAGAAGGGGAAAUUUGGAUUUGUAGUUUGAGUUCAGGGGUUGGUUAUUGGGGUUUACAGGAGUUGAGUGAAACAACUUUCAGAAACAAGUUAGACAAUCAUCCUGAGAAGCUCUAUCUGAGAACUGGAGAUCUGGGAAGAGUUAUAGAUGGAAAGUUAUUCAUCACUGGAAGAAUAAAAGAUCUCAUUAUAAUUGCAGGGCGAAAUAUAUACUGCUCAGAUGUGGAAAAAACAGUUGAAAGCUCAUCUAAAGUCUUACGUCCUGGCUGCAUUGCUGCGGUUUCUGUUCCAGUUGAGAUCUUACUAUCUAAGGGAUUUCUUGUUCCUGAUGCUUCAGACCAGUUUGGUUUGGUUGUGAUCGCAGAAGUUCGAGAUAGUAACAGUUUUUCUGAAGAAGUAAUUCAGCAGAUUGAGACCCGUGUGACUGAGGAACAUGGUGUGAUUGUCUCUUCAACUGUUCUUAUCAAACCAAGGUCAAUCCCGAAAACUACAUCAGGAAAGAUAAAGAGAUUUGAGUGUGCCAAGAAGUUUAUUGAUGGGACAUUAGAUGUAAUAGAUGAGCCUGUUAAAAAGGCAGGAUCGUCUAUAUUCUCCACAAGGAAUUCAUCAAAACCUCAAAUAACAAAGUCUCCACCUUCUGGAAAUGAAAAUAUCAGUAAGAAGGACAUAACUGAAUUUCUGAAGCAGUUGUUAUCUGAGCAGACUGGAAUUUCGGUUGCUGAAAUCUCCACAACUGAAAGUCUGGUAUCUUAUGGUGUUGAUUCCAUUGGGGUGGUUCGAGCAGCUCAAAGACUUUCUGCUUUUCUUGGAGUUCCAGUUGGUGCAAUUGAUAUCUUUACUGCAACUUGCAUUGAUGAUUUGGCAAACUUUGCUGAAAGUCUUCUAUUCAAGUCCCUUCAUCAAUCAACUUCUUCUUCCACUGAAUUCAAACACAAACAAAUGAGCUCAGCCAAAGUGGUUACCCAAGCUUCAAUCUCCCAAAAGCUGGCUAUCUGGCUAGCUCAGCUUAUUGGUCUAGCUUAUGUUUGCUUCUUGCUGACAGUUCCAGCUUAUAUAUCCAUUCGAAUGUUCACAUUUGCGGUUUCCUUGAUCCAAAGAACUUCCUGGAUAGGUUGCUUGAGUUCCAUCGCUUUUGCUCCUAUUUGUUGGGUGUUCUGCAUGGCAUCCACUUGCUUUUCCAUUGGUCUCUUGGGGAAUUCUUUUCUGCAGCCAAACUAUGGCUUGUAUCCAGAAAUUUCAGUUUGGUCAAUCGGAUUUGUCAAAUGGUGGUCACUUUACAAGGCUCAAGAAGUUGCAUCGAAAGUCCUGGCCGUGCAUUUGAGGGGGACGGUAUUCCUAAACUAUUGGUUCAUGAUGCUAGGAGCUAAGAUUGGAACAUCUGUUGUCCUCGAUACCAUUGACAUAACAGACCCCUACUUGGUCGCUAUUGGCGAGGGAGCUGUUAUUGCAGAAGGCGCGCUGCUCAAAAGCACUGAAGUGAAAAAUGGAACCCUGCAACUUUCUCCAAUCCAAAUAGGUCGAAAAUCUUCUCUUGGUCCAUGUGCAGUAAUUCAGAAGGGGAGUAUCAUCGAAGACGGUGCUGAAGUUCUUCCAUUGCAAAGAUUUGGACCACGAACAAGUGACAGUAAGCAUGCUAGUCUCAGUAUUAGUCAAAAGGGCCAGGUGAUGAAACAAAGCAUAAAAGAUCCUACAGGAACUAUGUCCUACAUCCAGUUCUUUGGUAUCUAUAUGGUUGGUUGUCUUAGCACUUUGUCAGCAGUCAUUACCUAUUUAAUCUACAUUUGGUUGUCCCAAAAGAAUCUUUCACUCCAAGAAUUCGGGUUCAUCUGCAUUGUUGGAGCGUUUCAUUGGUUGCCAUAUACAUUUGUGGCAUAUUCAGCUUUUUUCAGUACAGGCCAUUCAAGUCCUAUAAGCUUUGCCUUCAUGGUUGCCGCGGGUUAUGUAGCUCAUGGCAUUAUCUUCAGCAUAUGGACUUGUCUUUUGAGCUCUUAUCUUCGCAGAAAAGGAGUACUGAAGCAAAAACAUCUGGAACUCUGGUUUUCACAUAGACUGAGAGUUGCUUGCCAUGUGAGAUUUACCAAGUUCAUCACAGGAACUGAGGCUUUCGUGAUCUAUUUACGUUGUUUAGGAGCAAAAAUCGGUCACAGCUGUUCUAUUAGAGCUAUCAAUCCUGUUUUAGAUCCAGAGUUGAUCACAAUCGGGAAUGGUGUGCAUUUAGGCGACUUCAGCCGGAUCGUCCCUGGAUAUUACAACCAAGAUGGUUAUACUAGAGGAGAGUGUGAAAUACAAGACAAUUCUGUUUUGGGGAGUCAAAGCCUCAUCUUACCUGGUUCUAUCAUUGAAAAGGAUGUCAUUUUAGGUGCAAUUUCCAUUGCCCCCAUGAGUGCUGUUUUACGGAGUGGUGGGGUAUAUGUCGGCUCACAGGCUCCGGUCAUGGUCAAAAACAUUGCAUACUCACUUGAUGACAGGAUAGAAGAAAUGGACAUGAAAUAUAAGAAGGUAUUGGGAAAUCUUGCUGCAAAUUUAGCUGCAACCACCCUCAAGGUGAACUCCAGAUACUUCCACCGGAUUGGUGUUGCAGGAAAAGGAUCUCUCAAACUCUACGACAACAUUCCAGGCUUGCCAGAACACAAGAUAUUCCAUCCUGGAAAUAUCUAUCCCAUCAUUAUCCGCCACAGCAAUUGCUUAAGCUCAGACGAUGAUGCUAGACUUGAUCCACGCGGUGCAGCGUUAAGGAUUCUGUCAAAUGAAACAGAUAAAGCAUCCCCAUUACUGGAUUUGACACUUAAGACGGGCAAUGCAUUCCAUGCUCGUACGAUCGGCGAUUUUGCUACAUGGUUAGUCUGUGGAGCUGCUGCAAGAGAAGAGCAUGUCAAGAAUGCUCCUCAUAUUCGGGAUGCAAUGUGGGGAUCACUUCGACGAGCAAACUCUUAUGCAGAAUUGCAUUACUAUUCAAACUUCAGCAGAAUGUUCAGGUUUGAGGAUGGAAAAGAAAUGUAUGUCAAAUUCAAGUUGAGACCCUUUGAUGAGAAGAUUGAUGAGGAUUCUGGCAGGGUGGAGCCUUCAGGUAUACUCCCACCCGAAACUGGUGCAAUUCCAAGAGACCAAGAUGAUAAUCGGCCGUUACUGUUUCUAGCUGAAGAUUUCCUGCGCCGUGUGAAUUCUCCUGAGAAGGUACGUUUCAUUUUGCAGUUGCAAAUCCGACCAGUUCCUCAGGAAGAAAGAAUAUCCGAGGAGGCACUCGAUAUCACAAAGCCUUGGGAUCAAAGUGAAUACCCAUACGUGGACAUUGGUGAAGUGAUCAUUGAUGAAAUGCUCAGCAAAGAAGAAUCAGAAUGCUUGGAGUUCAAUCCCUUUCUGCGAUGUCGCGAAGUGGAUGUUAUCAGGGCAACAUCUUGUAACCAAAGUGCUUCCAUGGAUCACGGCCGUUCAAUAGUCUAUGAAAUAUGCCAACAUCUGAGAAACAAGAAGCCACUUCCAGAGGCAUGGAAGAUUUUCCUAGACCAAUCCGACGUGAAACUGGAUCUCUCUGGUUGUCCUAUGGCUUCUAGGUUGAGGUAUAUCAACUCAUCCAGAGUAACAUUAGCAAGAAACUGGUACAUGACUUUGUGGCUUAUGUUUGUCCAGCCCCUGUUGCAGACUUUCCUGCCGUAUUUUCUGAUGAUAGCGGCGAUUAUUAUUCCAUAUAAUUUCAUCCAAUGCAGAAUCAACAUUGAGAAAAUCUGGUUGCUACCAUUUCUAUGGCUUCUAUCUGGGAUUUUAGCUGCUGGUUUAUGUGUUCUAACCAAAUGGAUCUUGGUAGGGAAAAAGCAUGAUGGGGAAACUGAGUAUAUUUGGAGUCCAUCAAUUUUUAUGGACACUGCGUGGCAAGCUACUAGGACUUUGGCUGGGGAUUAUUUCUUAGGUAUGUCAAGUGGAUCAUUCCUGUUUGGGGUUUUGAUGAAAUGUUUAGGUUCAGAAGUUGCUUGGGAUCAAGGAGUUUAUGUAGACAGCUUAGAAGCUUUACUGAACCCUGAAAUGAUAAAGAUUGAACAACAUGGGUGCAUUGAAAAGGAUGCUUUGCUCUUUGGGCACAUAUAUGAAGGCGAAGAAGGCAGAGUCAAAUACGGAAAAAUAGAAAUUGAAGAAGGUGGAUUUGUAGGAUGUAGAGCUAUAGCCAUGCCUGGGGUGACAGUAAAAAGUGGGGGGAAUCUUGCUGCUCUAUCUCUAGCCAUGAAAGGAGAAACCGUCAUGUAA